GAUGUCAAGUCUGAACAACAACAAAAAUGUAGAGUGGCAUUAUUUUUCUUAAUUUUUAUCUCGAACUACGCAAAUACAAAGGGAUUAUUUUCAUUUAGCGGUUUAUUAUUAGGAAAUAGAUAUCCAUAAAACAAAGAUUGGACAUAUUUUUGAUGAAGACUUUUGCCCAAGUAACAACAAUCAUAAUUAAUUGGCUCGACAAAAGUUGACUUUGACAUGUAGUUAGUUUGAUUAACUUGUACAGGAAGAUGUGAAAGUGGUGGGCUAUUCAGAACAAAUGAAAUUAUUGAAAUAAUUACCUAUAGGCUCUAUUGUAAAAUGAAUUCUAAUAUUUACAACUUUACUAUUGUAUUUUAAUGUGAUUACAACCAUAUGAACAUUUUAUAUGAAGUUACUAAUUUAAAAAGCUUGAAUGAAGUAGUUUGUGUAUGUACACAAAUCUUGACUCAGCAUCCAUGCCACCAUUCAAAGUUAAAGCAGUGUCUGAACUUAAGUCAUGAGUACUGCCAAGGACACUGCAGAUGUGCCAAAAAAGCCAACAAGUGAGGCAAAAAGAAUAAUUCAGAAUGAUCAGGAGAAACAGAGGAAAGAAAAGAUCAAAACGUGCAUUGGUGAAAUUGCUAAGGAAUUGCCACCAAGUGCAGAUCACAUUGAUCGUAAACCGAGUACUUUAUCGAUUGUCUCACAAGCUAAAGAUUUCAUAAAGAAAUUGAAAGAACAAAAUCAGGCAUAUGAAAAGAAUAAUGUCACAGACCAACAUCAAGAAGAACUGAAACGACUGCGUGAGAUACAUGAAGCUCAGCUUGAGAGAAUCAGACAGCUUGAAGAGACAGUGAAAGCAUAUGCUUUAGACAAAGUUGUAAAAUCCAAGUCCAAUGACGACAAUGGGUCAACAACAAGCUCAGAUAAAGAAGGGCGGCCUGGGAGGCCAAAAACUAUCAACAAACUGCUGGAGAAGGAGAAGAAUGAGCAGCUACAGACGACUCAUGCUGACUUCCACUCACUGGAUGGCUCAAUGCCCUUGUUGGGUUCAAACUUUGGUAACCACACCAACACAGGGGGAGGCACCAACAGCACACUUCCACCAUCCUCCAUAGUUCUUCCAGUACAGUCGUCCAGCAUCUCUAUCAUGACUGUCGCCCCCACGAUCCUAUCUGUGAAAAGUCCGUCUCUCGGACAGACGAGGAACCAGCAGACAAACCGGUCAAUCAGCACAGCGUCAGUCGCAGGGAGUACGUCUAGUAGCCGAGUCAACCCCUCUACGUCCUCGCUUGUCUCGUAUUUGGAUAUAGUUGGCAAUGAUUAUAACAACUCCAGUGCCAGAUCAGACGGCACCCAGAGCAAUUUGGUUUAUUCAACGGCGUCAAUAUCCUCAUCCUCCUCUUCAAUACUCUCUUCUGCUUCUGGAGGUAUGAUCAGUGCCUCAGAUCUGAUGGGGCUGCAACAGCAUCAAACAGCUGGGACAGGGAACAGCGCCAACAGCAGCAAUGUGAACAAUCUACAGAAUACAGAUCUAUCUGUGUUACAUCACCAACAACAAGGAAUCUCACCAAUGAUGAAUCUCCACCAGGACGGAACGUGUUCUACGUCCGCCUUACAAACUCUAGCAUCUGUGGCUACAAGUUCCCAUAUGGGAGGGCUGUCUGGAGUGUCCAUGGCCAACAGCCAACAGAUGGGACCCUCGGGAUCCAUGAUGGGUCUGUCUAUGGGGAUAAAUGGCAGUUUGUCUUCUGUGUCUGUUGGACACCUGCAUCAACAGCAGCAGGCGCCUAUAAUGACCUUGUCCCACCCAGACUCUGGGUCAGCAUUGUCACAGGGUUGUAAGCAAGUCAUCAUAAACGGACAAGUCAUCACGCUGACAGAUCAAAACUUGAUCAGUAACCAGCAACACUCUGAUGCUGAUUGCCAGAACAAUUUGCAGGCCAGUAACAUCUGCCAGCAGCAGGGUCUUCCAACAUUUCAACAGCACCAGCACAAUGCUCUGAAUUCUGGGAUACUUGGCCAAGGGAAUUUCAACCACCCUUCAGCCAUGGGGGGCGGCUCUCUCGGACCAGCCAACCAAAACCAGCCCCUGAUCUACACGUUCAACGACCAGGGUCAGCUUGUACCCCUGCAUUCGUCGAUCAACCAAAUGCAGAACACAGGCACUGGUCUGGAUUUUGUUUCAGUGACCGGUGCUGGAGGUGGAAUCAUUACAGGUUUCCAGAACACAACCGCGGGUGGUGGGCUGAUACCAUCAUCCAUGCACCACCAACAGCAGGCCAACUUUUUGACGCAGCCCCCAAUGGUUUCCCUGGCAGGGAACCAGGGUUCUAACCCAUCGUUUACUGUGCUGCCAAACAACCACUUGAAUUCUCUGCCCGGUCAGCUGUUGCCAGCCAGCUCGUUAUUCAUGACGCAUCAGAUGUCGCAGCAACAGCCGGUCCUGAAUCUGGCCGGCCUUGGUGGUCUACAAAUGGUCAACCCGUUCUCCGGCAUGUUGGUUAACAACAUGGGCACUGCGCUCAAUGGGGCGACGGUCAAGCUGGUGGGCAAUGAGCUGAAAAUUGUCCAGCCUGGUGACAACUCCUCUGCCCAAGGUCCAACCCAUGUGAUGGUGGAUGGGUCAUUGAUCCCUAUAUCUACCAACCCCCAGACCAUCGUGCCAAGCUCUGCACCUAUCAACACCAUGGCACAGAAGCAGCAGCAACUUUCUCUUGGGGGCAAUUCCAUAUUGCAGUUUGACCCCAACAACCCAAAUGCCCCACCAAUUCUCAUCAGUGGCCCAGUUACAACCUUCCAGAUGGCUCCCCAAAUUCUGGGCCAAGGGCCCCUCCACUCUCCUGCUUUGUCAGGGGCCCCACAUGGUCUCCUGCAAAUGGCCUCUGGUGGCCCGCUGGGUUCCUCGACACCUUUCCAGUUGGGGAACAAUGGUGGCCUGGUGGUGGCAUCCAACAUGGUGGCCAGUACAGUGACCACCAACUCUGUCACGGCCUGUAUUAGCUCACCAUCAGUUUCCGCGGCUUCUAAAGGCACAAAGGGUCUUCCACCACUGGCGCCAGCACUCUCGCAGACAAGUCCAACAAUCGGUUCCACAGUGUCCAUCAACAGUGGCUACCAGACAAUUUUACCCUCUGGAUUAUCUCUGCCGCAGCAGUUUAUCAUCAACGGCCAGAAGAUUGUGACAACCAAACUGAACACGUCCACUGGUCUGACCAAAUCCUCACAGAACAGGAAAAGAUCACCGUCUGCGUCGAGAGCCUCCCCCAUCGUGGCUGGUGAGAUAUCCUCCCACUUUGUGCAGCAGCAGCAGCUUUCAUCCACCACAACCUCCGCGCUGGUGGCCCCCAUCCAGACGGCUAAGGCUCUGUCAGCCAGUGAUAAAUCAUCCUCCAAGAGCAAGUCGUCCAAGAGACAGCAAUCUCAGAGCCAGGAAGACAAAACCAACAACAUCGUGAUAAAAACAGACCUGCUCGCCCAGGCCACGGCUACAGCCGGGAUACUCAUGGAGGGGGACACCGGAGCCGGGGACUACUCCCACAACACCACGGCUAAUGAGAAUACUUUAAACAUUUCGACAGGGUCUAACAUGAACCUGUCGGGUUCUUCAACAGAGCUUCAGAUCAACCUGAAACAGUCUCCCAGGGACGAGGAAGACGACAAUGUCCAGCUCAUCAUUGAUGAGAACUGCACCAAUGGGAUAAACUCGUCAUCCCCUGCGCAUUCCUCGUUCAGUCCCAACAUGAGCUUGGGGUCGGCCCUGUCCGUGAACACGUCGUCAUCUGUUUUCAAUCAUGACCUAGGCCUGGUCACCAGUUCCCAGCACCAGUCCUUGCACUUGCAGGCGACGAGCGGCGACCUGACCACACCGCUGGUUUCCCCCAACAUAACGUCUAGCAGCUUGAACUCAAAGCAACAGAAACUGGUAACGAGCAGUCCCAUGCCUGGGUUGUCCUCGGCUCAGCUUCUCAGCCCCCUCUCUAUGAACAUUUUUGCUAACUCAACCCCGGCUUUAGGAAUGAACACUGCAACAACAUCAGACAUGCAGGUAGUGGCAGGCCCUUUUCGACCUGAAGAUGUCAUUGCUCGCCUGGGCGGGUUCGGUGCUGAGAACAAAAUUAAGCUGAGCAGCCCGGAAUCUGGCAGUAAGUCGAACCCUUUUACCACAUCUGUUUCUAGCAUAGCCAGCUCAAGCUUUGACGCGUCCACACCUUUACACAUGUCUAUGGCCACAACAACAUCCCCCGUGCUGAAAAACUAUGUCCCCAUUGCACCAGCCCCUGCUAAAAACUCAACUGCUAUGAACUUUGCUCACGACUCACAACCUUUGACCUUUGUGGAGGCUAUGAAUCACUCAGCUGGGGCUGCGGAAAAGCCUGCCCCGAAAGGAAAAAACCGGAACAGAAAAUCUACACCUGCUACGCCCGCCGUGACAGUUCAGGUAGUAGUUGACCCACCUGUCAAUGAAACUCAGCAGAUGUCACAGACUGAUGCUAAGAAGAAAGCCCCAUCCAAGAAGAGAAAAACAAAAGCAGAGCUGCGUCAGGAGAAAGAGAAACAAGCUAGAGAAGAGGAGGAGGCGCUGAGAAAAAAGCUUGAGAGUGAGGAGGAAGAGAAGAAGAAGCUGGAGAAGGAGAAACUGUUGGCUGAGACCUGCAUAGGAGACGACGACAGUUUGCUGCCUGUGCUGAAUGAGAAUGACGCCAUCAAAGAACAGAUUCUUCAUUCAGUCACGGAAUCCAAACUUCUCAAUACAGACGGAAGUCAGAUCAGCCUCAUGGACAUGGUUGAUAAAAUAGAAAUUUUCAACUCCGCGGGCGCUGAUGGUGAAGACAUUUUUCCGUUGGGCAACCAGCUGGUUGACAGCAACAAGCAACCUGACUCUGUGGGCAGCGCCAUGUCUAAAGACGACUGCACUAUUACAGGUACUGAGAAAGUUGAUCCUAAAACUGUAAAAAGAGAAUCGGCCAGAAAAAGGAAGCAGGACGUCAGUGCUGCAGUUGUCACUGCACCUGUCCAAAACCAAAAAACUGACAAUAAGAGGUCAAAGAAACCAGCGGCCAAGCCUGAGUCGGGUCCAUCCAAGACAAUCAGCAACAAUGACGCUGUCUUGUUUGGUAUGGCUGCAGGUAACUCUGAUAUCUACGACUUUGUUGACGAGGACAACGCUAUUGAGUUCUUCCAACCACCUUCUACCCCUGCAGCCAAGUCCCCAACAAAGAAAAGCAGUAGAAAAACCAAAGGUGGGAAAAAUUCAGCAGGGGAGGCUAAUCCUAACCAGGAAACAAAAACAAACGCCAGUACUGCAAAUGUAGGGGGAAUAACGACACGCAGUGAAUCGAAAAACAGCAAUAACAGUAAAAACAAUAGUAACAGACAGACCCCACAGCAGUCUGCGCCUGCUUCAAAAAUGAAUACUGCCUCGGUUACUACUGUCUCCUCAUCAUCAGCCAACACAGUAUCAGCAUCGAUAUCGUCCAUGCCUUCACCGGCCAUGCCGAAGUCCCCACCAUCGUUUUCCCUGCCCCUGAAAUCUCCAGCACCCAUGCAGAACUCUAUCGCAGCCAGCACCCCUGGGUCAACCAUGCCGGCGGCCAAAACCACAAACACACUAGCCAACAACAACACGUUCUGUUUGUCCAAAAAAGAUGGACAGUCAUCUGAUAACAAUGUACAUGCCAGCUUGGAAGAAUCUUCCUUCUCUAUGGAGUUUCCUGAAGUUGACUUCCAUAGUUCUCCUAAGCUUUCAGAAGCUCAUGAUGACCAUGAAAACUCUAUGGGACUGCCAGCAGAAACGUUGGCAGAUUUCUUCAACCAGCACAGCCCAGGAAAGAUGAUGCUGACAUCCAGCCCCCCAACACUGCCUAAUGGAGUUUUAUCACCGUCGGAUGUGGAUUUACCUGCUCUCCGCACCCCUGCCCCACCCAUAAACCACAACCAUAACCACAAUGAGAGUGUUAUGAUGAUGGAGAAUCAACAAAGCAUGAAAGAGCACAGGUCCUCGUCCCCAGCCAGCAAACAACCCCAGUCCCGCAUGCACACGCCCCCGCCACUUGACCCUAAAUCUCCUGCAAAUGCACACAGCAGUAGCAUCUCUUCAUCCGCACCCCCUGGCCCCUCCCUCUCCAUACCCACUGCAUCCUCUUCCCCACUCCCGACGCAGAACAGCAACAACAGCAAACAAAGUAGCUGCAUGAACUCCUCCAAUAGCCUGCAUCACCUCGACGCUACUGCAACAGCAGGGCCGGAGUCCCCGAUGCCCUCCUUGAGUUCGUCCUCUCUUGAUGCCUUAUCUGAAAUAAUUCCGCUCAAGCCAAUCACGUCUGAAUUGGAAUCAGAGGAGAACGAGAGCUGCGCUCAACAGUCCAGGCGGCCGACGCCUGUCCAGACCCAGCCGUUAAGUCAUGUGCCUUUAAGUAAUGAAAUGGGUCUUGGGCUUCAGCAAGGCUCUCUUUCAGAUCUUCAGCAGAAAGCUCAGCAGCGGCAGAACCCACCUCAUCUACCACCUCAGAGUAGCCCGCACAACCUAAGACCACCUUCUGCUUCAACCACGCCCCUCCCCUCACCCAAGCUCCACGCAUCCCCAGGGUCAGCCAGCUCCGUGCACAGCAUGUCACCCGCCGCCCAGCAGCAGCAACAGCACAACCAUUCUUGUCAGAAACAGCAGCAGAACUCACAGAUGGGAGCCAGCUCCAUGCUUGACAGGGUGUCCGUGCCGCCCCUCUCACACCCUCCCCAGCAGCCACCUAACCUGUCGCAGCUGUUUGCACCCCCUGACAGCUCACCCCGCAAUGCAAACUUUGCCUCGCCCCCCAGUGGUUCCAACAUGAAGCUCAAGCACAUGAGCCCGUCAAGCGUCCAAGACCAGCAGAACUCAAGUUUUAUUCAUUCUCAGAAAGGGAAUAGCUUUAACCAAGGUAACCAACAGCAGAAGAAUCAGUAUUCAGUGGAUAAAAUUAUCGAGCACCCUAACAGUUCCAAUACCCCAGGCUCUUCCCGUCUCACAAAUGACAGCUUUAACUUUACAAACAUUGGCUCAAACGUCACAACAGCCUCUCCGAUCCUAAGCUCUGGAUCAAUGCCCUUGACUUCCCCAAGCUCCAGCGGGUUCUCAUUUUCCCUCUCUCCAUCCUCCUCGCAACCUUCCUCGUGCAGUGGCAAUGUCAACAACACAAACAGCAACAAUGGCAACAGAGGUACAGGCCCAUCUAUGCAACCUGCUCUGCCUUCAGCUGGCCACUCCUCCCACAACUCCUCAUACCUUCAUUCUUUUUUCCCGCCUCCUGCCCCAAUGAACCUCCCAUCUUCUUCAUCUGCAUCAUCAACCUCCCACCACAACCUGGCGAUGCACCCUCUUGGAAACAUGGAGAUCCAACACACUGCUUCCCGGCCGUCUAGCGGAGGUUCCUCUGCUCCAACUUAUGGAAUUGGACCUUCAAGUUUAAUGACAUUUGGCAACCAGCCCAAGCUUGACAUCCCUCCCAUAGCCAAGUCCCCAACUUACAACACAAGUACAACACCAACUUCUGGCAGUAACAACAGUUCUAAAAGUUCCAACAGCGGAUCUAGUGGAGGUAGCAGCAGUAGCUACGGUAACACAACUAAACCAAACAUGGAUUCCUCAAACAGUAAUAGAUACCCAGGCUCCAAAUCAACGCCAGAGUCUAUUUACCAACAGCAGCAGAAGAGGCCCAACACCAUCCAGCAUCCCCCAGCGGGGAUGACCCACAUGGACCCUAUGGCACACUUGUCGUCUUCAGCCCAUAACAACAGCUUCUUCCCCAUGGGGUUUUCAGCAUCCUCAUCAGCCUCCAUGCCACUGCGACACCUACCAGAUACAAGAGACAUGCCAUCUAGGUCCCCUUACGACUACUCGGCUGUGUCUCACCAUCCUGCGAUGGGGUUCCCCCAUCCGCACUCCCAGAUCCCAACUGGUUAUGGGACCCAUUCAUCUUUUUCUAGAGACUGCGCCAGGCUUGAGCCCACACAUCACCAGCAACAGCAGCAGGCACAGCAACAAGCUCAGCAGCAAGCCCAACAACAACAGCAGCAGCAACAACAGCAGCAACAGCAACAAUCACAGCAGUCUCCCCGGAAGCAGUCGGCGCCCAAGAAGUCUUCCAGCUCGUCUGUUGGUGCCAACAACAGCAGCAGCUCCACCACAAGCAAUGCAUCCAGCAGCAACAGCUCAAGCCACCGCAGCGCAAACAGCGGCAGUGGAAGUGGUGCCUCCACCAUGACCCAGGGCCACAGCCCCGCGACAUCCACCUCCAGCCGAACCCAACCUUCCCAGCACCACUCCACCCACCAGCAAACCAGCGCUUCCACCAACUCUUCUUCCUCUUCACACAACCGCAGCAGUGGCAGUUCCCAGAAAAGAAAAAGCACCUCCUCAUCUUCGUCCUCCUCGAAGAAGAAAAACACAGCAUCCCAGCACUCGGGCUUCACGGCAGACACAAUGGAUGCCAGCAUGUCUCAGAAUAUGUUUGAAUCCUCUUUCUCCUACCUAAACUUCCCCACCCUGGCACAAAGCAUGUCCCCGCCAGCCGCACGCCCACACCAGGCAGACACCCCGUUCUUGGGCGGCAUGUUCAACACACCAUCGAGGCCCAUAUCCAACUCUGGCACCAAGACAGCAGACAUGGCUGCAUCCCAUUUCCCAUUGUUCCACACCAGGGCCCAGAACUCUUUCUUCCAGCCCGGUAGCUUCGGCAUGAACUCCAUGACAGGUAACCACAGCAACGCGACUGCUGGGAUCUCCCCUCACUCCAUGGGGGUCCCCCCGCACAUGUCCCCGUUUGGAUUGUUCGGCAACGAGGCUACUGGCCCAACGGAUAACAUAGGCUCAAACAAGUUUCUCCACACCAACGCCAUUCUCCCUGGCGCACCCCAUCAGACUAUGGACCACUCGCUUCAGCAUGGGGCCCAGCAGACGGCCGCAUCGCUCUACCACAGCCGGCCGCAUUCUGCCCAGUCUCACAUGAUGGCCGCCUUCUACCACCACGGAUUUGACUCUCGGGGCCAUAUGGGCCAGGCGUUUAAUGGCUCUAUGGGCCCUCCUGCUUUUCACACCCCAGGGUUGCCUCCCAUCAACUUUUCUAUGCAUGACUCCCACUAAUAAUUAACCACGACCUUCUCCUGGUCAGACAACCAACCACCCAUGUAGUUCACAAAUUGUACAGUUGUGUUCAGUUGGAUACCUGAUGACUGGUCUGAUAUUGUUACAUAAAUUGACCUGUAAACAAAAAAAAAGUUGGAUUGGAAGCCACUGCUGGAUGUACAGUUAUGGCAUCAAAGGAAAAUGUUCUGUUGUUGAGAAGAUCUGCUUGACUUCUCUUGCUUUAAGUGCCAUGUUGUCUUUUUUUCUCAAUUGUAAUUAUUUUUUUUCCUGUUCAUUUUUCAACCUGUUUUGCAUUUUUUCCCUUUUAUUCAUUGUUGACAUUAUAAACCUUGUACAUAAUGUUGAUAUUUGUGUGUAUCAUAUUCAUAAUGGACAUAUAAUUUUUUGUGUUGAGUAAAUAUUUGUUAUGUGUAUAAGUGUAAAUCAAUGUGAUUUUUAUUUUUAACCAAUUGUACACAGGUUUUAAUUAGUACCUAGGGCACUGAUGCCAUCCAAAAUAAUGUAUGUAUCACAUAUGAAUAUAAUGCUGAAGUGUUGUUUUUUAAAUAUAUAUUUAUAUAUACUGUUUUCUUGAAGAAUAUGUUGGUUUUUUUUUUUUUAAAUUCUAAUCUACUUUUGUGUUGUGUGGUUUGAAAAACUUAGUAUCUCAGUUCCCCAAUGCUCUUGAACAGUGAAGUUGCUGCUUCUUACAUGCUGUUUUGUUGGUUUGAAAGGCCUUAAAUGAUGGCAUGUUAUGUCAUUUAAAACAAAAUAAUCACUUUUCAGUAUUUGGAUUAUCAGAGAUAUUGCCAGUUUUUGUGAGUUUUGGUAUCUUUUCUUAAAGGUUCCAAGAAGUUUCAUGACAUUUUAAUUUUACAUAAUAAUUAUGUAUAUAGCACUUUUAGACUAUUGUAAUUAUACAGAAACAUAUAUAUAUAUAUAUACACACAUAAGUAUAUAUAUAUAGUUUAUAACCUACAUUUUCUGGAGUAGUUAUAAAAUAUUUGAUGUAAAUAACCCCAAUAAAUUACAGACGUGUUAAAAUACCACAACUAUUUAUUAGAGCCAUCUUGUGUAAGGCCAUUGUGUACAUAGCUCUGCACUGUUGUGUGCUUUGUAAGAAUGCCUGUCCAAUCAUCUGUUUUGUUUAUACUGGCUUACUGUGUGAGCUUAUGUGUUCAUGUCUCCUAUUGGUUACAUUUUUAUCCAUGUUCUCUGAUAAACCACAGUUAUUGGUUAGUAUUUUACUUAUACAGAAAAUAUAUUAUUACAUUGUUGUGUAAAUAACUUUUUUUAUUUGUUAUUCAGUCGGCUAGGCACAUUUUUUAAAAAUAAUUUUUAACACUAAGAUGAAUUAGCGAAUAAUUUAGGUAACUGAAAAAGGGCCUUAUUAAUUGGUUUUCAUGAAAUGUUAAAUUAUCUUGGAAAUGUUUUUCUUGCUAAUUUACUUGUAACAAAAAAUAAAAAUUGCUAAAUUGUUGUGUGUUUACAUGGACGAGUAGCUAGAGUCAGUUACCAUUAUAAAAAAAGGGAAGUUAACUACUGGUUGUUAUAAAGGAAUUGCACAAUGUCUAUUUCUCUGACAUUAUAGUUACACUCAAUACUCUGACUGUUGGAGGCUAAUCUGAUACAGUGUAAGUUUGUUGUUAUAGCUUGUUUAUACAUAUGCAGGCAUAGAAUUGUAAAUACAGCUAAGUAGAUUUGAAGAGAUCUUAUCAUUAAUUCGGAGAUGUAACUUUCUUUCUCUCCCCCUCCCCCCUCCUCACCCCCAUGACUACAAUUUAAAAAAAAAAAACCACAGGCAUCUCUUUUUAUAUUCACAAAAGUAUUUAUUUUGACUUAAAAUUACCAUUUGGAAAAACUUGAAAAUAUUUCUGAUUUUCUUGUUAGAAACAUGAAAAUACAUGAAAGUUCUCUAGGAAAAAAAAGUUUUUUUUUAGUUGAUUGGUUACAUCUCUGUAUUAAAUGUUUCAUUAAUUAUUUAUUUAAACUCUUGAAUUGUACAUUGGAAUUGCAGUAAAAAUAUUGUAUCUUAAUUUGGAAUCUUGAAAUCUGCAAUAUUAUUGUUUAGCUAUUGUAUGAAACUGAAGGAGGUACAGACUUAUUACUUUUUUGUUUAUUUUCAUAUCUUCUUGCUUAAACUUCCCACUUUACAGGGUCGUACUUAUAAAUAUUUUUUUUAAAAUGGAGAGUAGACGUGCAACGUAUGGACUCUGUUACUAGAUCUUUGAGACUUGGAGAUAGAACUGUCAAAAGGUUUUCAAAAUUAUUUUCUGGUUUAUUUUCAUGGUUUAAAUCUUUGUCAGGAGAGAAAGCUAACAGGGAAUAUUUGGAAGUUAGUGCUUUUUGGUUUAUGCUGUUUGAUAUGGUAUAGAGGAAAUAUAAAGUUGCACGAUUUUUAUUUACUACUGAACGAGAAUGGGCUGGGAACUAUUAGUGACUACUUUAAAAUUUUUUAAUGUGACUAUAAAAUAAAAGAAAAAAAAUUUACCUUGAGAACAAUGAACUUUUUUUAAAACAGUGUUUUAUUAUUAUUAAAUACUUUAACAUGUGUGACUUAACACUUUGUACUAAUGCUUUAAUCUCAUUAAAGUUUUAAAAUUUGCUAUGUAAACAUGAAUAAAAAGAUCUCAAUAUUUUUUCCCCCCUUCAUAAAAUGAUACAUUUUAACUUGUCAUAAUAUAUAAGAUAACAUGUUUCAUAGUUCAUACAUAUUAAAUAUUAUAAUCCAGUGAAUUUGAAUUAGCAAGCCAGCCCCUACAAUAUCUCUGCCCAUGUUUAACAUAGAUAUCAUGUUGUAGCAGCAGGCUCCUGCUGUAACCACCUAUCUUGUUGUCCUCUUUGAUUCCCUGCUAAUGUCAUUGCAGUAAAAUCUUAUCUGCUCAAGUUGUGUUCCUAGCAGCCAGUCUAGUAGGAAAUUGUAGACCCCCUCAUGCCUUUGUUGUCAUUUACAUAUGUUUUAUGUAUAUAUGUGUACAUAUGUUUCAUCUACAUGUCUGUUUUAUACUACCCUUUAACAGAGCAUAAUAUUUGUUCAUUAGCUUUUUAGUUCUAAUAAUCUUGAUUCAGACAUAACUUGUGUGUGCAGGAUUAACAUACAUAAUUAACUCACAAUUUUUUUUUAAAAAGAUUUUAUGUGUGAUAAUUAAAUUAAGUUUUUUGGCCAUGCUGAAGAAUUGUAAACAAGACAAUGGCAGAAGCUUGCUGCUGUUAACACUGUUUUAAUUAAACUUGUUUUAAGUUUUACUGUAUUUUAACUUAAUUUGUUGAAACGAGAACCAUUUACAGAAUUGCAGAGGUUUUUCUCUUUUUGUUUUCUUUGACCUAUUAAUUUUGAAAAGAGGCAUAACAUUUUUUGUUAUUGAGAGAUAAUGAAAGAGAAGAGUUAAUGAAAAAGCAAUGUUUUUACUAAAAGUUAAUUUAUACUAAAUUUUAUACUUGUAUUGCUAAUUAAAAACAAACUUAUAUACUGUUAUUUAAACAAAAAGUUUGAAUUUAUUUACAAUACUUUUGUAGAAAUUUUUUGAAUCUUAUGUUAAAAAUGAAUAUAUACAUUUAAUAAUGCUAACAUUAUUUCAGUGUCAGAAUUAAUAUAAGUUUCUAUUUGCAUAGUAAUUGUGAAGUAUUUUAUGCUAAAAAUCACAUUCAGGAAAUACAUGAAAUCAAGCAGUGUGUAAACGUUAUAGAAAGUUCUCUCCAUUGUUUAUACAUUAUUUGGGCUCUGAUAUGAUUCACACAAUGUUUCAAGAUAUGUCUUUUGUAUAUCUUGUCCAUCAUUUUUUUUGGGUUGUUAUAUUUAAAACAAUAAACCACACCCUGUUAAUUGUACAUACGACAUUGGUUGUUCAAUUUUUAAUUUUUAUUCUGACUUUUAUUUUUUUUGCUUGUGAACAAAACUAUUUAUUUUUUUAACGAUAGAAUUAGUAAUGUAAUCCAUGCUUACUGUUGGUGUCUUGUCAAGUUUUUUUUUUCAUGUAGGCUGAUUAAAACGUGCUCAGUGGCUCAUACAACUUGUAACAAUAAAAAGAAAAUGUUAACUAACAGUU